AUGUACUUCAAGAAGGUAAUUUUUCGAUUUUCCAGGAGUUUUCCAAUAAAUGGGAAAAAUCAAGAAAAACCAUGGAGAAAUUGGUACAAUAUUAAACAAAUCAAAGAAAAUAUAUAAUAUUUAUUUAAUUAUUUUACCAUAAUAUGACAUAUAUAUAUAUAUAUAUAUAUUGUUGACAAAGCAUCACUAUCGACUGAACUGCACUCAAAAUCUUUUUUUCAUUAGUAAUGGUUUAUCACUGCUUACAGGAAAAUAUUAAAUUACAGUGGCUGCACCCGUCUAUAUUUUCCUAGGACGUAUUUUUAUAACCGGGUUUCUUGAAUAAACCAUAUAAAAAUAAAACACGUAGACACACAUUAAAAUAUUAUAUCGAAAAAUAUAGAAGCAAUAUUCUUUUAGAUGAUUUAUUUCUGUUAACCAAUGAUCUAAUGUAUACGAUCCUUAGGAAAAUAUUCUAUAGGUAACCAAUCGAUGUUUUACACACUUGUUUACCGAGUUUCAGUGGUUUAUAAAACUUAAGCUCAUCAUUCAGUUAACACUGCCAAGUGUAUACAAAGUAUCGUAGGCCUUCUAUUUAAUCAAAUAAUUUGUAACCUAAAUAUAUAUCGGCCUAAAGUAAUAAUAAUACAACCAUCGACCCACCAGAAACUUUUCCAGUAUCCCGACGGGCCACUUCACUGUUGGAUUAUAGUUUUAAUAAUUUCGGUUACAAUAAUUUAUCAUUUCGCAUAUAUAUCUGUUAAGGAACAAAGUCAAAAUCGAGCAAAUCUCAGAAAUGUACGAGCAAAAGGAGAUGAUACUUAUGCAAAACGUUAUAUUUCUGAUUUUGUCCGGACAAACCUAUUAGUGACCAACCUCAUUUGGGCGAAACCGUAGUAUCCGUAAAUAUCAGUUUUAUAAUUGUUUGACCAAAUAGAAAUGCUUGGAAAUUUAACAGUUUCAUUAUAGGUUGUACCUAUUAAAUGGUUAAAAAUAAAGUUGUAUAUAAUGUUAUGUGUAAUUUUUGUUUUAUAAAGUUUUUAAAAUCAAAUUUGAAUGAAAAUUUUAAAUAUUUUAGUGUUUUAAAUCGUGUAUAAAAGAACUUCACUCAGAAUCGUUUUUCAUUAACAAUGAUUUAUCGCAAAUAUAAAUUAAAUAACCGUUGAUGUACAAUGCGCACGGCCCAAAAUUGUUUCGUCCAUUUCCUAUGGUGAAAAUUUCAAAUUGGUUAUUUCAAUAGCCUUGAAACUUUGAAUUUUCACGGAAAGUCUUGAAACAUUUCAAUCUCACAUUUCUGCCACGUAUAAUCGAUAUUUAUACAUUAAUAUUAUAGGUAGGUACCUAAAGUAAUAUAAUAAGACGUACGUAUGGGUCCAUUUAGGACUUUUCGUAUUUCAGUUCUUCGUACGUUUUAUAACGCGUCGAAGUAAUGCGAGUCAAAUCGGGACUUUCGCCAACGCGGGACGUUCAUCUAUUAUUAUAAUAGUGAAUAGAGAGGUAGUCGGGUAUAUGAUAUAUAGGUAUACACCGUUCGUGUAGGGUUUGUUCGGCUUCUCUUAUAAAGCGUAUCAUCCAGAACGCUGUAUAUCUCGUACCUGUGUACGUAAUAUAUAUAUAUAUAUAUAUGAACGUAUAUACGGUGCGCUGGAUUUCAAUACAACCGUCCAAUGAUUAUUACGCUAUCGACGAAAAGUUUUCUGUGGAUAUCUCCGACCGCGAUAAAUAUAAUAUACAGGUAUAAACGACGAGCGGUUACGAACCGCGGUAUCGGCACAAACAUAAGAGAGGUGACGAAGCCCAAAACUUUCGUAUACUAUUCGAGGUAUAUUAUAUAAUACUAUUAUUAUUAUUAUUAUUAUUAUUAUUAUUAUUAUCAUCGUAAUCAUCAAAGUCGUUGUAGUCGUCUUCAUUGUGUUUUUGAUAUCAUUCUGUUGUCGGUAUAGACCUCGAAAACGUCGUCGAUCGACGGGCACCACUCGAAAAACCGUCAUCGAAACUUAUUACAUUGCAUUAUAUUUUACCGCGGAAUUGUCGCCUGUGCCCAGACAAAAUCACUGGUUUAUUGGCAAACUCCGGAGACACGUUGCGUGCCGUAGUAAUUCAUUGUCGUCGUUCCUUCUCCUCCUCCUUUUCUUUCUCCCCCUCCUCCGAAAGCGAUCGAUAUAAUAAAUACAAACGAAACAUAUUGUAUAGACGCGUAGAGUACUGUGUAUUUCCCCGUCGCACUGAUUUCCAGAUCGAAGCGCCGCUGUUUCAAAUGUCGAUUGCUGCACAAGGCCUACUCAUUAAUAUAAGAUUCUGAGAGCAUGACGAAUAAGCUGUUGUCAGGGUUAAAGCGUUCUUAACAAGUCACUGUGUUUGAAGUGUUUUAUUCAUAAACGUUUCAAACGUUAAAAAAUUAAAUCAAAAUCACUAAUUGAAGCGUGAAGAUAAUACGUCUAUGUGUAAAACAUAAUUUCUAUUCGUUCUGAAACUGUAAAUGAAAAUAAACAAUUCCUAUUAUUUUUGUAUAAAGAAGUUUUUUUUUUUUUUACAAUAUUAUUAUUCUGUUCUUAAGUAAUUGCAAUAAAAUGCUAUUUAUAAUUAACUAGAGUAUUAUUAAACGAUAAUUACAAACAAUAAGGUAAAAAAAAAAAAAAGAAAAAAUUUUUAUUAUAGGGGAUUAUAAUUUAUCAUGUGCAUCUACCCUAUUUACUAUCAGGCGAUUCAUUUUAAUAGUGAUUUGAAUAGAAACGUACAGUAGAUUCUAUAAAUGUAAUCGACCGAAGAAAAAAUAUUCGACUCAUAGCAUAUAAUAUAAAAUAGUCUGCAUCUCCAAGACUGGCUGGUGUACAGUCGGGGACAUUUUUUAUUCAAAAUAAUAAUUAAUCAAAUUAAUCAAAUAAAAAGUACCGAAUAUUCGAAUAAAGGCUGUUUAAAUUUAUUUUGAAGAAAUAUAUUUUUCAAAAUAAUGAAUAACAAAGGUCGAAAUGAAUAAUAUUUUAUUCAUGAUUCAGUAAAAUAUUCGUAUAUAGGUGUGUGUGUGUGUGUGUGUGUGUGUGUAUGUGUGGGUAUCUAUAGAUAUAGGUCUUCUAAAUAUUACCAUAGUGUAUAAAGGUAUAUAUAUAUUAGUAUUAUACCAGUGCAUAAAACAUCCAGUUUUAUGACCAAAUUUCUCAUAUUUCCUUUUUCCUUUUUUUGGAUUACCAUUUAAAACAUUUUUUGAAAUUUGAAUUCGAAAAUAUAGCAAUUACUGAAUAUUUCGAUUAGAGAAAUAGUCUCCACCUGACUUUCCAAAAUUAAUAAAAAUUUAAUGCGUUCAAACAAAAAGAAAGGCUAUCAUCAGAAAAAUAUAAUAUAAGAUAAACAUAAUAUAUCGAUUCGUUCUAAUAAUAUUAUACUCGACACUUUAUAAGUCCUUUACACAUAGAAAUAGUGUAAUCCUACCCUAACCUAAACUAAAAAUAUUUGUAUGAUGAAGUGUUUGAUCGUUUUGGAUGGGAAACGAGACGAUUAUAAUUUUUCUUUCACAAAAAAAACCUAUACAAUAUGCAAUAGCGCACACAGGAUUCUUUUUUCGGGAGAGGUUUUGUUUAUAAAUUCGUUUGAUAAAUGAAUCACUCGGUAUAAGUAUAUUAUAAAAUCAAUUUUGUUAUACAGAUAUAAAUUUUAUACGAAGUUGAAAUUACUCGCAUUAAAGUGUAAUUCAAUGAGGCAAUACAGAUAACAUUUGGAAACUGUAAACUGUUCAUUUCACGAAGUAGGUUACUUAUUUUACGUAGGAAAAACUAAGUGAAUAUUUCACGGCUUCGUCGGAUGUGCACGGUUCUUGAACGAAAUUGUAUAUUUCAUAUUUCGUAAAACAAUAUUAUUAUGAACCCACAAGGCGUUUUUUAUUGAUCAUUUAAAAUGUUUGCCUACGUUUAUUGAUCCAUAUCGUGUUCAUUUCAAUUCAAUAUCAAUUUGCUUAGGCGGCAUUCUUUGUCGGUGAAAUGUGCUAAUAGCGAGUCACUUCAGAGUCACGUCAGAGGAAACUUGGCAUUUAAAAUCUCCAGAUUCUUGAGCCAUAAUAUUAGUCUAAUUCUAUUUACUAUAUUUAUUGAAAAUGUUUUGAUUUUUAUUCCUAAAAAAUUGUAUGAUACCUCAAGAAGAAAGAAACGAAUAAAUAGACAAUUUUCUUGCGAAGAAAUUUGUAUAUUCUGAACGUAGCAAUGUAUGUAUUGAUGUGUAACUAUGAUGUUUGCUUAUUUCUUUUAGAUUCUUAGAUGGAUGUAUAAUUUUUACAAUAAUGUUUUUUUUUAUUUUUUUUAUUUUAUUUUACUGGGUACGAGAAUUCUACCAAAAAUCCCACUCCGCAGUAUUAAAUGUAGCACUUUUUCUGAAAUGUAAUUUUCCUACGGUUAUAUUUAAUCAGGAGUUUUCAUUAUAAAUGGGGAAAACUAUAAAAAAACGUAGAAAACACGGAAAAAAUUGCAAAAUAUACUUUUUCAAAUUGUAAAUAUUACAUGAUUAUGGUCAAAGCCCACCAUCUACUUGCAAACCCGCCUACGCGCACCCAAGGCCGAGCCCGUCACCUUACAGCGAUCGUUUAAACCACCAGCAAGCCUCUUUUAUUUUUUUCAAAAUAAUUUUUCUUACUAUUGGUAAGAUAUCGGUUACCAGAUGAAAAAUAAAUCACAACUCUACUUAAAUGUAACCAUGGUCUAUGGUAGAAUUCUAGAUCCAAUUUACAAGUGUAACAAAUUUUCUGAAAAGAAUUUGGACUAGGGAGGUACUUUAAGUUAAUCAUUUUUUUGAUUUUCCCAAAAUUUUUCCGAAAAAAAGGUAAAAGUUAAAAUAUAUUACAGCCUUAUUUUUCCUGUAAACAAAUGUUCAACGAAAAAAUUGUAUUUAUACUUGGAAAUGAUCGUAUGUGACUGAACAAACUUCAUAAAUCAUCCAGAAAUGAAAAAUAAACCGAAAAACAGUGUCAUUGAUAUUAUUUUGGGUGGCCAAAAUUUAAAUUAUUUCUAAAAAUUUUCGUGUCAUUAAAAGUUUGGGAACCUUUGCAUUAUAGAAUAUUAAAAAAAAAACUAACAAUUACAUCAUAAUUGAUGAAACAAACUAAUUCUGUAUAUGAUGUAAUAAUUGCAUAGUUAAAAGUUCUAAAAAUAAAAUGACAUCUGUUUUUACUAUUAGUAGCUUCUAUUUAGUUAAAAACCAUAACCAGUACGAAAUCGCACUUAAUUUGUAAAAUAUUACCUUUAUAAAUACUAGUUAUAUUGUACAUAUUAUAGUUUAUCGUUUACAUCUGUGGAAUAUUAUACUCGUAUCAUACUUGUGCUCUCGUUUGAAAAUGCAUAACAUUGCCACACGUUAAACUUGAAUAUUUUUUGUUCUAACGCAUUUAUAUAAAUAAUAAUAUGCAUAAAUACAUAAAUUCAUUUAUUAUAAUUUUUUUUUGUAUUUGUUUAAAAGAGCGACUUAAUCCAUUAGCUAAUUCAACAAAUAUAGAUAAUCAAAAACAAGCACAAGAAUCUAUUGUAAGUACACCUGUUCUUGGUGAAGUAAAAGUAACAUAUUAUUAAUGUAAGGUUUUUAAAAUUAUUAUUGAUUGUAUAAGAUUGAUACAACUUCGUUACCUCAGCGCUAUCACAUUUGAAUAUAAAAACCAAACCUAAAAAAGGGGUAAUGUAAAUUUUUGUUCGUAAAAUUUAUUGUGUAUAUAAACAAAGUCAUCCUAAAAAAGGAAGUUGUAGUCUUAUAGAUGAUUUAAACAAUUAUAUUUUUUUCAUAUUUGAUAUAAUCUAGAUUCUAAUAAUUAAACUCGUAUAAAAUAAUUUAUAUUUACUUUUAUUAUCAACGAAAAUGUUCAUGGAAAAAUGAUACGAAUUUAAAUGCAUUUCAAUAGAGUGAAAUUCGUCUAUUCAUUUUUUUUGUAAAUUUAAAAUCAAUACUAUAUACUUUGAUCAACCAAAAAAAAAACAUCAAUCAUACUCCAUAAGUACAGUAAUUGAAAAUGAAAUUAGAUUACCUUACACAUUUUUUGUUUAUUAUUAAUUUAUUGAAUUAAUUGAGUGUACCACAUUAUUAAAUAUUUAUUAAGUGUCAUACAUGGUUACAUUACGUCAGUAUUUCUCGGAACAAUUAAAUGUGUGAACAUUUUUCGAAUAUUAAAAUAAAUCGAGUGUUGCAUAUUAUUUGUCAACUAUAUUAUUAUCAUACAUACAAGUUAAUUAAAGUAAAUUGAACACGUCUUAUUAUUACAGAAAUUAAAAUCUUUUUCGGAACAUGUUUUAUAGAAAAUAAUUAAAGAAACAAGCAGCUCUAGAAUUUUACGUGUAUGUUAUUUUUCAUCACCCUUAUUUUUGAGGGUAAAACCAUUACCUACACAUGUGUUUCGAACUACAACCUAAAUGUUAAUAAUUUCAGAGAGAAUGAGCGUCUUAUAAUAGAAUACUCACUCUAUUUACAGUGUGUUCUCUAUUUUAAUUGGCUUCACUCGGUAUUUCAUGUCAACGAUAAUAUCAUUGUAAAAACCACUUUUUAUGUAAAAAACAAAAAUCGAACAUGAUCAACUAACAAUAAACUGCAAAAAUACUUAAAAUACAUGCGAGUAAUUUAAAGGUUUAUUAAAAUAUUAACAAUUACAAAUGUUUAAUAUAUUAUAAAUUUAGUGUUAUUUAAAUAUGAAUAAAUUUAAGAGUUAAAUUUUAGUAUUUUAAAUAACAUCUUUAGUGUAUUAAUUUAUUUAAAUAUUACAAUUUAUAACAAUUUACACAUAUAUAUAUAUUGUCCGACAAUGAAUAUUUUUUGGGUGAAAAUAUAUUAAUUUAAAUAUCGGUAUAUAGGGUAUUCCAUUUUGAUGACAACAUUUGAUAUUUCGAUAUAUAUUGAUUAUUUUAAAAAUAAAUAUAUUUUGGAUUUUUAUUAAACAAUCAUAUCUAUAUCGUUGCACUUAAAUUAUUUUUAAUUCGCAUAAGUCACAUUCCGGUUCUUUGACUGUGAGUUUAAUAUUUAACUAAUUAUUCAUUGUAAGUAAUUUACUUUAUUUCGUAUAAUUUAAUACCUUUAAUGUUCAUGUAAAACUAUUUCUUAAAACUAUUCAGAACAUUUAAUUAUUUUUUGUCGAAUUAUAGCGAUUUCUAAAAUACCCUACUGUAUGCGUAAAUACCGUAUUCGACUAAACUCGGUAUGAAAUUUGUUAAUUAUUAUUUUCAUCAGAGUCCAAUUUUAAAUGAAAUAAAACUAACAAAAACAAUCUAUCCAGUCACUUACCUUUUAUCUCUUCAAAUAAUUAAUUAAAGGUUGCAAUAUUUUUGUUUUGUUUUUUACGCGUCACGGUAGUCAUUACAUGGUUAUGUCGGUAUUUUAGAUUCUGAGUGGAACAAAGACACACACAAUAAAAAAAAAAACUUUGUAAAACAUGGUUUUACAAAGUUGUUUUUAGUACGCAACUUUUCUACCAGAAGAUCUAGAAGGAUUUCGAGUGGUUUUUUUUUUGAAAGGAAAUUUCACUAGUGAAGUAUUUUCAAGAAAUUAUUUUUCGAUUUUCUCAAAAAACCGAAAUAAAACAAAACUACAUAUAAUCAUAUGAUUUUUUUUUCUAUGCACAUCUUUUCUACCGGCAAUUUUGCUCCAACUUUUAAUGAUAGCAAUAAUUCUCAAAGGAACAUUCGCUAGAGAGGUACUUUAGAGAAGUCAUUUUUUGAUUUCACCAAGAGUUUUUCCAGAAAUUGUGAAAAACCGGUAUAAGUCACGGGAAAAUCCGGAAAAUCGUAGGAAAAUUGGAAAAAUUGGUUUAAUAUAAAAAUAGUUUUAUUGAAAAAUAUAUAUUAAGCUAAUUUAAUUAUUUUACUACGAAAUGAAGUAUAAAUUGUUGAUAAAGCAUCACUAUAUCAAAUGAACUCCGCUUAGAAUCGUUUUUUCGUAAGAAAUGGUUUAUCGUACAAUGUCCAACUUCCCACCGACAACAGUGACUGCACCCGUCCCUAUUAUCUUACUUUUUAUUUUUUGGUAUUUACGGCUGCCGAGCAUUAUAUUUAGUCAUAGUUUCCGGUUAUCUAGUUAUUUUAUAUGUACGUAGUUCACUACGUAAAUAUAGUGGUAAAUGUAUAUACAUAUCAUUGGCUAAUUUUAGUUAAGUUUAAAUUUUUUUUAGCAAAAUAUAAUGCGGGGUUAUUUCGAUUAAGUAAUAUGCGUUAUUGUGAAACGAAUUUACAAAAGUAAAACGUAAAUCAUAUACAUUGAAAGAUCUCCGCAUUCGUAUUUAAUAAUCUAUUUUUACUUUCAGCUUUAGUAUAAUAGUUCCAUUAAUACCAACUUUUAUUGUAAAAUAUAGUAUAUAAAUAAAGUAUAAUUUUUGUAAAUCAUCAAUAAAUAUAUUUGUAUGUAAAAUGUUUAUAAUGAUAAAGGAUAUGGGACUCAUAGUAGGUUGAGCUUUUAUAUUGGAGAUAAAAAAAAUAAUUACAUUUGAAUAUGAGAAGGAAACCUAAAUUGAAAAUUUUAAUUGAUAAAUUAUAAAUAAAUUUUUAUAUUGAAGUUAAUGAUUUUCGACAAAUCAUUGACGAGAUUUUCCACUAUGAUUUUGGAUAUCAGGGAUAAAAAAAGCAACAUUUGUGUAGCAGGUCGGUAGGUGGCGUUUGAAAAGUGCUCCACUCAUUUCCCUACAACAAAAAUAAGUGGCAAAGUGGCAAAUCAACAGUUGAUUUACAUAAAAAAAAUUUAUAAUUAUAUAAAUUUAUUUAGGAGACAAAAUUAAGUAUCAUACGUAAAAGAAAAGACAGUUUAUGGAAAUAUUCCACACAAAUUCCAUCAGAGUUUGAUGCAAGAAAACAGUGGGCAAUUUGUACAAAAAUUGGAGAAAGCAUUUUUGAUAGUCGGUGGAAAAAUAGCUGGGUGAUUUUUAAAAGAAUCUUUUAUAAAACUUUUAACUAUUAAAAACAUUGUUAUUUGAUUGUAUUCAAUAUAAUUGUGUAGGCUUUUGCCACUAGCACGGCAUUUGCUGAUCGAAUAUGUAUAGCAACACAAGGUCAAUUCAACCAACACUUAUCAAUCAGAGAGUUAUUGUUCUGCUGCGAAGGUUGCGGGACAUUAGAUAGACAUGGUAGAAUUUUGGAGAGUUCUACAGCAAAAGCUUGGAAAUAUUACCGAGACACUGGUGGGGUAUCUGAAACGGAUUUUAUUAAUAAUAGUGUAUGUAUAGUAACUUCCGAUUAUUAUAUCAUUACUUUCUCGAUAAAAAAAAAACCUAAUUAAUUUAAUAUCAUUAAUAUUUAAUAGAAAUGUCCAUCUGGAGACACUAUAAUUGAUACGAAAUUUCGCUGGAAAAGUACGCAACAUUGUAAUGAAUUAUUUGAUAUAUAUAUAUAUAUAUACAUUAUACAUAGUUACAUAUUUACCAAUUAUUAACUGUUUAUGAUAUAUAAAUAAGUGUUAUUUGACGGCUGAUUACUAUUUUUACAUCUCUGACAAACACAUCUCUCAGUCCAACAACUCCAUCUGCUUUUUCUUACUCUACCUUAUGUUUUUUCAUCUUGACGCAUGCAAGCUCUUCUCUUAUUUGUAGGGUAUCAAUUUCCUCCUUCUCUCGUCUAGAGAAGGAGAGACUAUGUUCUCAUGAAAAAAAAAAAACAUAUUUGAAAAUCCAAUACAUUUUUGCUCUUUUUAGAAUCUGAAAUAUACAACUUUUUGUUUUUACAGCUACGAAUGUAUAUUCCCUCGAUGGUAUAGACGAUAUAAAAAAGGAUAUUUUUACGUAUGGGCCAGUUACGUUUAUACUAAAGAUAUAUUUAGACUUUGAAAAGUAUAGAAAAGGUAGUGUUUUGUUAUAAAUAUAAUAUUUUUGAUUUUUUUUUUUUUUGUAAUAUUCAAUUUUGUCAUAAGGUGAUUUGUACUGUAAUAAUAAUAAUCGUAACGGCACAGAAAAAUACGAAUUACUUGCAGUCAAGAUAAUCGGUUGGGGCGUAGAAAAUACUGGUGAUCGUUACUGGUUGUGUCUCAAUUCAUAUGGUAAUUCCUGGGGAGAUAAAGGAACGUUUAAAAUUGCUAUGGGACGAAACGUAAAUAAUAUUGAAGGAAAAGUAAUUGCGGGUGAACCAUCCGCAUUUGUGAAAAAACCAUUUGUUGGGAAAUUUUUUAGGAGAAUAUUUCCUUGUAUACAUUAA